CCGGCAAAACACCGACACACUCCCUCUCCCUGUAACCUGGCAAUAAACACGGAUCGGCGGCAGCAGCAGGAUUGAGCCCCGGUGCGCACCAUCCAUGGUCCUCCCCUUGAUGUGGGUCUGACAGGAGGGUUGGUGUUACUUCUCUGAAGAGACGAGGCAAGAGGCAAGAGUCGGAGGCGAAGUGAUCGAGAUACGAGUCCUCCCAGACAGCAGGGGGCAGCAGCGAGCAUGCAGGAAUCAGCCUCAGACAGCAAGAUGGCCAAACAGGACCAGAACUCCAAGUAUCUUGAUGAAAACAGAGAAACAGACGAGAUGUCGGAGAAAACGUCGCCAAACAAGAACCUCAAAUCUCCCCAGAAAGGCUCCAAGCGACUCAAAACCGCCCCCUUCAAAAUCACCCUGCUGGACACAUCGGUGUUCGAAGGCGAAAUUGAGAAACACUCCAAAGGACAGAGCCUGACGGACAUGGUGUGUGAGCAUCUCAACUUAUUGGAGAAGGACUACUAUGGUUUGACCUUUGCUGACACCGACACCCAGAAGAACUGGUUGGACCCCUCUAAGGAGAUCAAGAAGCAGAUGCACAACUCUCCGUGGCACUUUGCCUUCUCUGUCAAGUUCUACCCUCCAGAUCCCUCCCAGCUCACGGAAGAUAUUACCAGAUACUACCUGUGUCUGCAGCUGAGGGAUGACAUGCUGUCAGGUCGGCUGCCAUGCUCCUUCGUCACUCACGCCCUCCUCGGCUCCUACAGCGUUCAAGCCGAGCUGGGCGACUACGACCAGGACGACCACGGCUCCGACUACGUCAGCGAUUUCCGCUUCGCUCCCAAUCAGACUCGCGAGCUGGAGGAGAGGGUGAUGGAGCUCCAUCAUAACUACAAGGGGAUGACUCCAGCAGAGGCUGAAAUUAACUUCUUGGAGAACGCAAAGAAACUGUCGAUGUACGGGGUGGACCUCCAUCACGCUAAGGAUUCUGAAGGGAUUGAAAUAAUGUUGGGCGUCUGUGCCAACGGCCUGCUGAUUUACCGAGAUAGGCUGAGGAUCAACCGCUUUGCCUGGCCAAAGAUCCUGAAGAUCUCCUACAAGAGGAGCAACUUCUACAUUAAGAUACGACCUGGGGAGUACGAGCAGUUUGAAAGUACAAUCGGUUUUAAGCUUCCUAACCACCGAGCUGCCAAGAGGCUGUGGAAGGUCUGCAUUGAGCAUCACACCUUCUUCAGACUGGUGUCUCCAGAGCCUCCUCCAAAGGGCUUCUUGGUGAUGGGUUCAAAGUUCAGAUACAGUGGAAGGACACAGGCUCAAACCAGGCAGGCCAGUGCUCUCAUAGACCGGCCCGCUCCACACUUUGAGCGUUCAGCCAGCAAGAGGUACCUGCUGUCCCGGAGCCUGGACGGAGUGUUCCUGCACUUUCUGACCCCUCACUCUCCACCUCUUGUUCUCGCACCACCUCCUGCCCCAACUCAGCUUUCUCAGUUGGAUCAGGAGUCCACUCCUCGGCACAAACAGGAGUUUCUGGAUAAGUCGAAGGAUGUUUUGCUGAAGCACCAGGCGAGCAUCAACGAGCUGAAGAAGGCCCUGAAGGAGCCCAACAGCAAGCUGUCGGUCCGCGAGAAACGUCUGUCGGGAACCUCCCCGACCGGCACGCCGGAGAGGAAGGCUUCGGCGGUCCGAGCAGUGGGGAAGGACCCUGUUAACAGCCUGUCUGUUGAGGGUUUCGUCCAGAAGACGGUGGUGACUUCACCUGAGGGCUCUGAGGAGUGGGUAUUGAUUGAAAAACAAGAAACUUAUCUUCAGGACCAAGACUGGAAGGCAGAAGAAAUGAACAAAUUGGAUUCUUCAUGGGAGAAAGAAGAGCUGGAAAAAGAAAUAGACAUAACCAAGAUGAUAAAUAAGGAGGUAACAGGGUAUGACAGCAAAGAAAUGAAAAGCCAUAUUGAUGAAUUUUCAUCAACCAAAGAGGCAGAGGAGUGCUCUGAGCCACGGCCGACUAACAAAAGUCGUUUUAUGGUUCAAUUAUCUGAAAAUGCAGACUUGAAUCUUGACAAAUCUCAAAGUAAACUAUCUCAAGACUCCGACCCAGAUGCAAACGAUGAUUUGGCCCCGGGCUCACAGCAGAUGAAAGACCGUACAGCUUCGAAACCAAGGAAAAAGAGGAGACCCCAGAGCUUAAACCUGGGUAUGCCUCCCGAGCUCAUUUACGGGAAAGAAAGCAGUGACUCUACUGACGAAGACAAUAACGGCUCAGACUUGGACCUCAGUCCAGAAAAAAAAACAAAAGCCGGAAAUCAUUGCGACCUAUCGCCAGUGGAGAUGGUGAAGGAUGAUCAAGGAUCAGAAAAAGAUGAGUCUUUCGGGGUCUACAAAGACGACCAAGAAGAUAUAUCAUUAGAGAGUGAAAACAUGGAGGUAGAAGCAGAGCAGGUAAAGAGGAAAGUGAGUCAGGUUGGGCCAGCUGAUAUCGAUAUGGUGAAUGGACCCGGAAAGAUGGAGCAUGAUAGUUCAGUAGCAGCUGUUAAAGGGGAGUGUGGGAUGAAGUCGCGAGGCCGGGGUCUUAUUGACAACAAAGAUCUAGCUGAGGUAAAGCUGCGACAGGUCAGGACGCAUGAGAGGAAGAUCAGUAGUUCUGGGGGAGAGGAUAUUGAGGGUUUAUUGGGAGAUAGAAGCCAGAGAACGUCUCUCCAACGACUGUCAGGCAGCAGCUUUCAGUCAGAAAUCACCAGGAUUGUUCCUCUUAAGCCGGAGCGAUCAAAGAGUGUAGCGUGUAAGGACGAAAGGGGCUGGGAAGAGCCCACGGGACUCGUCAGAAGGGAAUACCGCUGGUCGGUGGGUUCUCCGGAGGCGUCCUCGGACCUCUCCUGGACAGACUCGGCUGCCUUUCAUCCAUCUUUUGCAGCAGAUCUGGAGGGAAUCACUAGAGCAGAAUAUCCUGAUGACAGCUAUCAGUUUGCUAGAGGACCGACGGAGAGUCAGUCGUUCUGCUCAAAGAUUUCAGCGCUUCACAAAAUGGCUCCCCCGGCCCCGCCAGUAAAAACACAGAAGGCCCGAGAAUCUGGACUCAUACUGCGGAACAGCCGAAACCCUGGCAGGGAGCCGAGUCUGGACGCAGCCAAGAAGAGACACUCGGAGCCCGUCUCUACUCCUGCCAUUUAUGAAGAGCCGUUUGCUGAUUUCAAGAAGGAGCUCGGGGACAGGAGGCCUCUCCCCAGAUUAGCGUCAGAGGAGGAGCAGGACCGGGACACGGUGGCCUGCAUGAGAGAAUCCCACCUGGGCAUCGAGCGUAAAUGUUCCAGCAUGACGGUGAGCUCCACGUCGAGCCUGGAGGCGGAGGUGGACUUCACCGUCCUGAUGGACCUCCACUCCGGAUCCGAAGACUUCUCUAAGGGCACGUCGGAGCACGGAGAGCGGGGCAGGCAGCCUGAGGUGUGCCGGGAAGAUUUUGAAGAGACCUCCAGGUUCUACUCUGCCCGUCUGAUGGGCUCCCGGGACAAGUCUCCCAUAGAGGAGGGAACACAUCACGAGCCUCCCGUGGCAAAGAAAGAAGCCAGUGCUGUGAGUGCGGCCCACAUCAUGAAGAGGGCUGAUAGCAAGAAGGAGACACACACAAAUGGAUCAGAGGCCCACUCCAACAUCAUGAAUGCCUCACCGCAGAACCACGGAGGCGUCAGCCCGAGGGAGGCUCCUGCUGCCCUGAAAGAAAAUGGCUCGCCUGUAAAAGCUGCGACCCAGGAGAGGGACUCUGUCGUUUCCCCGCUGACCAUCACAGCUGAGAGCGUCACCACAGCAACCACAACUCAAGUUACCAAGACUGUGAAAGGAGGUUACUCAGAGACAAGAAUCGAGAAGAGGAUAAUAAUCACAGGAGACGACGAUGUGGACCAGCAUCAGGCCCUCGCCAUGGCCAUCCAGGAGGCCAAGCAGCAGCACCCUGACAUGCUGGUGACAAAAGCUGUGGUUAUCAGGGAAACAGAUUCUCCUACUGAGGAGAUGCAGCAGCACUCAGAGAUUGCUGAAUGGGUUUACUGGACAUAGGCCCUCGGACCAGAGGGGACAGAGGGACCCUCGCCCAGAACCUCUGCUUUAUGUGGGUGCUAACAUUUCAUUCCUGAUCGGCCGUGAAGGCUCCUGAGACGGGGGGGACAGGAGAGGGUCCUGUUUGUCCCCUGGCCCACCACGCAGAUACCAGGACCCUCCAACCCGCCUGUGUAAAAACACCAACACAAGAACAGUUCCUCCUCCACUCCUGUACCCUUUAGACGGACCAACUGUGACACCGCUUGUGACCCAACCCGACCCUCCACCACUUUAGGGAACUGGAAGAAUCUACUAUUGGAUGAUUUACCAAUUGGUUCAUCAAGUCACGGCUGUUAUACUUCAGCUCUGUUGUCGACAAAAAACGUAGUUGCAUUUGAUUUCAUCUUGAUAUUUGAAUCAAUGAGUUUUCAACCUCCAACCCAAUUCCCUCACAAAUGGCUUCUGUCACAUAUGAAAGGUAUAACAGCAUGGAUAAGAGAAUUGGAUACCAAAACAGACUUGACUCGAGAACAGAAAUACUCUGAUCAUCCAUGGAUCUUAUAGCGAUCUUCCGGCAUUCUUCCGCAUCCCCAUUUUACAACUUCUAGGCCCUACUUAUUUAUAUUGAUUUAUCGAUAAGGGCUAUUCAGUGUUUGUCCUGUUUUUAUUUACUUACUUA